AUGAUGAAUAAUGGUAAUGGUUUUCAGCAGCAUCAUGUUCGACGAUCUAAAAGACUACAACAAAAACAUCGUAAUGAUAAUAAAUUAUUACUACAACUCCCGGAGGAGGUUUUAACCGAUGAGAUACUCAUCCGGUUACCGGCCAAACAGCUUGCUCGAAUGAGGUGUGUUUCUAAACCCUUUAAUGGCUAUAUAUCUCAACCUCGCUUUAUUAAGUCUCAUCUUGAUCGUAAUUUAGUCCGUAACAACAGCAAAGAUAAUGAAAUCCUUUUGGUCAUAAACCCCAAUACUGUGUUCACAAAACGAGUUCAGGUAACAGCACACCCCUCUCGAUCCCCUGAUAUCCAACUCAAUGAUCUUAUUAAGCUGCCCCCCGAUUUCCCAUGUCCUAACUCCGAAUGGAAGGUUUUAGGUUCUGUUCACGGCUUAAUAUGUUUUACAUGCGGAUUUGAUUAUCAAUGUUUCGAUAUAUACAUCUGGAACCCUUCUCUAUUGGCUUUAAUGCGUCUCCCAAACUUUACUAGCCCCUCUAGAACUCAUGAGGAUCUCUCGUAUAAAAUCCAGUUUGGUUAUGAUCCCAAAUCUGAUGAUUACAAAGUUGUUAAGCUUAUGGACCAUUGUGAACCCGAAAUGCAAGUUGAGGUGUACAGUAUGAGAAAAGGGACAUGGCAAUUCAUAUCCGAACGCUUUCCCUCUAGAGCUCAUCCGGUUGAUUGUGGAAACAAAGUCAUAGCUGGUUGUCAUGAUGGACAUGUUUAUCGAUGGGGUAUAUCUUUUGAAUUUGAGAUGUGGGUAAUCAAUGAGCCUGAAUCUUGGGUGAAAGUGAAACACUCUGCGUUAUCACACUUUACUUGUAAUAUAAAACCUAUGGGAUUCACACCUAAUAAUGAAUUUAUUUACAGUGCUGGUAAUUGUGAUCCUUUAGCCUUGUAUGAUCCGGAUACAUCCAAGGUUAAAAACUUUGAGGUUUGUCGCUUUUUUUGGGAAACCAAUAUAGUUCAGUAUGUGGAUAGUCUGGUUUGGAUAAGGCCCCCUAAGAAGCAUGGUAACACCUCUUGUGUUGCAUCUGGCCGGCUUCGGGUGAGAUCUUGA